AUGGGGCGGUGGAGGUCCAGUCUUGAAGAUACCCGCAGGGUGUGCACCUCCCCUCCCAGCGCAUCCCCCCUCAACCCGCCGCCGACUUGCUUAUUCUAUCAAGCGUGGUCACACACGCGCGCGCCGUACGUACACAACGCACACGUGCACAUGGCAUUAUACGGCCGGCCACCACUCCACUAUGUCAAUACAAUACGGUCUCUUCAGCUGGACUUAGAUUAUUUAGAAAGCACUUGUAACGUUCAUAUAAGAAGCGCCGCGGAAGACGUUUUCCACGUCACAAUGGCCGGUACGUGUCGGCUGAAGCUAAGACGGGAUACGCUGGAAAAGAUUAAGAUCCUAAAAAAACAGCGUCCAGCCGUAUCAACAUUUUAUAUUCUUAUACUAAGACUGAAU